AUGGAGGGGGAAGGGGAGGGAGAGAGGGAAAGAGAGGCGGACGCCGGCGGAGCAGGGGCGGGGCCGUCGUCCCUCGCGACUGGGCCGGCGAAGGGGAGCAUGGGGCGGGAGGGUGGUGCCCCCGCGCAGGGGCGCCGGGGUGCGCUUCCUGAUGCGGUGGCGAGCUCGCUGCAGCAGCGGCGGGUGAUACGGUGGGAACGGUUCUUGCCGAGGAGAUCGCUGAGGGUACUCCUCGUGGAGCCGGACGACUCAACCCGCCACAUCGUCACCGCUCUGCUCCGUAAAUGCAGUUACCACGGUAAUAAAUUUUUCUCCCCCCCUCUCUUAGCAUGGUUCACUUGUCUUGCUGUCGGCCGUAGCUCUCCCUUUGAUCACGCUCCAAACUUAGUAUUAGGAAUCCGUCGAUGAAAUAUCUCGGACGAUUCAAAAUCAACAGAUGUACUAGUACUUGUCGAUUCGUCUCUCUUGAAUUUUUUGCAAGGGAACAAUCUGAGUAGACUAAUGGUUAUAUAAUUUUUGUAAAGCUAUUUUUCGCAUAAGAAUGCAACAAUUUUCAUGCUUCCACUGAAGAUGGCUCGGGAAUAAAUUUUAUUUUUGAAGUAGAAAGUAGAAAAAUUAUGAUGACUUGUGCAAGUGAAAGUGUCGGCCAUUUCUUGGAAUAACAGCUACCUCAACUGUCUCUGGUUUCUGUAGGGUGUGGCCUCACUAUUGAUGCCUUCUGCUUUCAGCAUUUAAUAAUGCCACAGGAAAAGAGUUUAAAAUAGGGAAGGUGUGAAAAUGUAAUUCUCUGCCUUCAUAGGGGGUAAUAAUGGAAGUUUGUUAGAUAAAUGCCAAUGAGAACGUGAUGUCACAUGAAUAACUGUUUCAUUCGUUGAAGAUUUUUGAUUUUAGGAAAGGGAUGCUGGAGUCGAGUCUUGGAACAGUCACGUGCUUGAUGAUAACUAUUUGAAACUAAGAUAUAAGGGGAGGAGAGUCAUACAUGGAUAUAUACAGAUUUUUCACAUAUAUAAAGGGAAAUAGAAACAGAAUAAAAUAGUUUCCAUUACCCUAGAUUAAUGCAGAAGGCAGUUAUCAGGUUCCAGAAAAUGUCCAUGCAUAUUCUUGGCUACUAUGAAGAUUGUGUCAUACUUUUAUCAAUCUGCCCAAUGUACAAGAUGGUGGGAUGGUGCUUAUUUACAUUUUAAACAUUGUUUCUCUGAAAUAGUUUCAUAAUGGUUCAAAAGUCAUAUCACUCGGUAUUUGAUUGGCUUGUCCACAAAACUUCCUGCCUGAACAGUAAGGUCCAAAAAUUUAUCAAGUUGCUUCCCGUCAUAUUUGUAUGUGUCUUCACACAUCAGAAUGCCAUUUUUUUAGUUAUGCUAAUUAUUCGUUAUAAGAUGGUUCCAUCUUGUCUUUCAAAAAAAUCACUUCUUGUCUCAUGUUUAUAUGUUUCAAUGUGUACGUCAUGCAGUAGCUGCUGUUGCUGAUGGGAUCAAAGCUUGGGACGUUGUGAAGGAGAAAAACUACAAUUUUGAUCUCAUUUUGUGUGAAGUAGAUGUGCCUUCUAUCUCUGGCAUUAGUCUACUCAGCAAGAUAAUGGGAAACGAAUUCUUUAGAAACAUUCCAGUAAUCAGUAAGUGAAUUUAAUAAAGCCAUUGCGUUUUUCUUCAAUUUCUUUAUGGGUUGGUAUUUUCUGACACUUCUCUUUUGAACAGUGAUGUCUUCACAUGAUUCGGUCAGUGUUGUAUUCAAAUGCAUGCAGAAAGGUGCUGUUGAUUUUCUUGUGAAACCAGUCAGGAAGAAUGAACUGAGAAACCUAUGGCAACAUGUCUGGAGGAGGCACCGUGUAUGAUUCUCGCCGUUAGAUUAUUUCUUUGUUUCUUGAUAGCAAUAGUUUUUUUUCUAGAAUCCUAUGACAAGGAGUAAGACCGCCAAUAAUUUUCUUAAUGCAGUCAAUUCGCCAUACCAAUGAACCUGAAAACAUGCCUAACAACCGGUCAGUAUCAGAAAACAUGUCUGACAAUAAUGCUGCUAGCAAUGAUGUAAGUGCAAAUGCUAUAAAAAGUCCAAGGAUUAUUCAAAGCUGUGAUGAUGAUGAUAAUCAGGUAACCGUCCAAUUCUCAUGGUUUCCCACGCGUUCAUCUUUUAAAUGUUUUCCCCUUUAUUUAUUUUUAUCAGAGAGAGAAUACAACCUCUAGGGAUUUUGUGUUCUUUAUUAUUUUCUUCAUUCGAUAAAAUUUUCAGUUCAACUGAGCUUUUGUAUUACAAUGAAAAUUGAAUAUAGUAGGGUCAUGAAGUCCGGUCAACCGAAAUCUGAGUUGCUUCAGCUUAGUUUUCUCUUGAGAACCUGCAGAGCAAUAUCUUUACCCGUAAUAAUUUCUACCGGGUACUUUUUUAAAAUGACGUUCUUCCCAUGUUUGUCACACGUGCAGAGCUCAGGCAACAAACCUCUAACGCAGAUUGGAAGUACAGAAAAACAGGGGGCAUUUCGCGUUGAAGACAGGAAGUCAUCCAGGGUAACUAAGUCACAAUCACGGCAAGCUGGUGAUGAAGCGACAUCCAUGGCCAAUGAAUCUAAGAUGCACGAUAGUUGCAAAUUAAGUGGUAAUCAUUUUGUAUUUUUUGAUGAACAUUGGGGCAGAAUAUUGACAACAAUAUCAUAAAAUUCUCCUAAGUUUUCCUUUGUAGAUAACGUGUUGGGAAUUCAAGUGGGAGCUAUUAUGUCUAUCCAAGAGAACAAUAUAUCUCAGAAUGUUCAGGAACAGACUGACAUUUCUGAUGAACCAAUAUGCAGAGGAAAAGAGUUGGAUUAUGUCAGAGAAACUGACUGUGUAGAUGCCGAUCGUAGACCAUUUCAUCAAGAUGUUGUGCUACUCAAAUCUCAAGAGAGGAUUAUUAACUUCAUUGGGCUGGUCAACAAUGAGCGAUGCGAUAGUAAAGGGGAGAAAACCUUUUGUAAAUCUAAAGUAUUAUCUAAUCGAGGAAACACAUGUAUUGCAGAUUCCUCAUCUCCAAGGGAGUUUUCUGUAAGGACACAACAACUAAAUCAUUGUGUCAAGAAUGGAUUUCAAGAAAAGGACGUGUUAAAUCAUUCUGCUGCUUCCGCUUUCUCAAGGUUUUUUUCUCUACCCUUAAACAUCUGUGCUACAACCUGUGCUAAUAUCUGCAGUUUUUCACUUUGCCGAAGGUGUCUUCUCUAAAUCUGAUGCUCUCUUCAAGAAAACAUGAAGAAAAACAGAAAUUGCUCGAUUCUGUGGGAUAAAUGAACAAUUCCUAGGGGCAUGUGCCAAAAAAAAGUUUAUUUUACAUCAGCUGUAAAUGCAUUUGACUUGACAUAACAUAUGCUGGGUGGAAGGACUCACGGGUUUUAUGCAUGGGAAAUCUGCAAGUUUUAUAAAUGGAAAUCCUCCUAUGUUCUUUGAUCCUUAUCAUCAGGUUUCGACUGCCAAUUAGUAUUUGGCUUGUCAAUAGUCGAUCUUACCUGAGGAAUGGGAUUUCGGGAUGGAGUUAUUAUUGCCUUUCGUUUGCAUAUCUUGACAGAGGCGGACAUGCUUACAUUCUAUUUCUUAAGUUUAGUUUGGAAAUAUGAUCUUAAUUUUCCCUAUUGCUAAUCUUCUUUUAUUUCAGCAAUUGCAGUAAACAACCAAUAUUGUUCUAUUUCGAAUUUCAAGAGACAUGUUAGGGCUAUUUUGUAGCCAUUUUUGACGUGAACCUUGCUUAUAAUUUCAUUUAAACUCGUUAUUAUGGUUACAGAGCAAAACUGAUGCAGAUUUAGUCCCCAACAAAUGUUUGUAAAGUUUUGCCUCAGAAAAAAUCUGAGAUUCUAGAUGGCCAAUUGACAAAUUGUUAAUAGAGCAGAUUUUAAUUGCGUAUGGUCCUACUGACUUUUUUAUGGAAAAUGUCUUAGAUGACUGUUUAUCUAAUUGGAGUAACAUAUGUUAAAUACGAAAUAAAGAGAGAAAACAGCAUGGGACGUUAUGCCUUUAAAGGCUCGUUCUUUCUAAGACUCUGUUGUCACAUAUUUUGUCUAAGGCUAUAAUAAUAUCUCCAGCCAUUAAAGAGGCAUUUUUAAUUCUAGCGAACUUUUUAUGAUUUUUCUCUUGUUACGUUAAUUUUUUUUUCCAUACUUGUGCAUUUGAUAUUUGCCCAAUUUUAUGAUGGCUUAAGAGCUAAAGUAGACUUUAGGAAAAAAAAAACGAUAAAUUCAAGUACCUUUCCAGGAGUGACCGGUUGUACAAUACUUUGAAAAAUGAGUUUUACUUUCUAUUGGUAGAUAUCACUUUUAAAGUUGGAUCCAAUUCACUAUCGUUAAAUAAGAGCACAGCGAAUGAAAAUGAGUACGCUGGAGGAAUAGAAGACAUGAAAGACAGGAGAGGGAUUACUCUCAGACUUGUCUACUAGUCGAGCAAGAUUCUGACGACGAGGGGAUCACCGGAAUAUUCUUCGUGCUAUUGAUCCUCACCGAAAUAUUAGCAUGGGUGGCUUCACUGAUUUCUAUUCUGUUGGACCAUGGAUCACAAUGCAUUAUACUUUUGUUGAUGAGCUUUGUUAUACCAUGGAUCACCGAAAUAUUAGCAUGGGUAGCCACCUGAAUUCACAUUUGAAGUUCACAUUUUCCCUCUCUUUCCAAUUAUCCACGGGAUUGCUACUUAAAAAACCACUUUCCAUUGAUCAAUACCCAAAGGCAGAGGCGCAUCUUUCCUUGAUAUCAGGACGCGAGAUGAGAUGGUCAUAUGGAGGCACAAUUCGUUUGUCCCACCAUUUGGCGUUUCCUAUCCCUUUAUUCUAUUGCACAAAUUACCGGUGUCUAUUUGGCUUGUUAUUUUAACGAUCAGCUUCCUGCUUUGUUUCUGUUGCUUACAGACUUCUCCCUUCCUUUUUAUCAUCAGGUACGCUAAUACAGGAAUUUGUCUGUUAGGCCAUAAAUCUGGGUCUCCCUCAGCUGCUGUAUGCAUACAAACAAGGGAGAAUGCUGAGAAAGGUCAGCAAAAUUUGACUAGUCUUGAGACUACAAACGAUAGGGCCGAUGCUUUCCCCCCCAUGGAAAGGUCGGAAUCCCCUCAAAAGAAUGGAAACGAAGAUAUGAUCUGCCAUCAAAGAUCGACUAGCGAUGAUGACGAUGGGGAACGUGCAGUUCCUUCAAGGGACGGCAUCCAUCUUGGUUACACUGAGGAUGCUGUGGGCGGGUUUCCUCACCCGCAGUUCGGAAUGCUUCCACUUCCGUUCCCUGUUGGUGCAAUACCUUUCCAGAAUUUUUGCCCUGGGUAUGGUCCUCUCUUGCAGCCGAUGUUCUACCAUGAACAUUCAGGGUCUCGUCAUGGUUCAGCUGCCAUUGAGCGGGAACAUGGUGAUAUUCAGUCGACAUCAUUCCAUAACCGUGAAGAAAGUCAUGAUCCUUCUCUUGGGCAGCAAGGAAAGAAGGAAAACGGAUCAGAAACAGAUGCUGGAGACCAUAGACUGCAUACAUGUGGUAAUCCAGAGUACACCGAUCAAAGCAGUAAUUGCAGCCGGGAUGCUAUUAAUGGUAGCAGAAACAACAACAUAGCUGGAACAGCUGAUGCGACGAUGAAUGCAAGAUCUGCAUACGACUGUGGAGCUGAAAGCAGAGAUCAGAUUUACAAAGGGAAAGGCCUGGACCCGAAUCGGUCUCAUCGCGAGGCCGCUUUGAUUAAAUUUCGAUUAAAGCGGAAGGAUAGAUGCUUUGAAAAGAAGGUAACUUCUGUAUUAUUUAUUUUAUUUUCAUUCCUUGAUUACAUUAUCUGCUGGAUAUAAUUCGUGUUAUUUUGUAUUCAGGUAAGGUACCACAGUAGAAAAAUGCUUGCAGAGCAGCGCCCCAGAGUCAAAGGCCAGUUCGUCCGGCAGACUGUCGUUGACUCGAGUACAACCGUCACGGAAGCGGAUGACUGA